AUGGCCUCCCAGAGCUCCAGCCUCUGGAAUGAAACAACUACAUCUGUUUAUCAGUACCUCGGUUUUCAAGUUCAAAAAAUUUACCCUUUCCAUGAUAACUGGAACACCGCCUGCUUUGUCAUUCUGCUUUUAUUUAUAUUUACAGUGGUAUCUUUAGUGGUGCUGGCUUUCCUUUAUGAAGUGCUUGACUGCUGCUGCUUUGUGAAAAACAAAACUGUGAAAGACUUGAAAAAUGAACCGAACCCUCUUAGAAGUAUGAUGGCCAACAUCAGAAAACGUGAAACUGAAGUGGUCUAGUACUCUACAUAAGAUGAACAAAAGCUCUGAAAACAGCCGUCAAUUACUGAGAAAAAAUGAAAAAUUUCUGAGGUCAACUGUUAUU